AUGGAUAGGUCGCUGGCCGCCUUGUUGAGGUCGCUGAAAACCUCACCACACCCAGAUGAUGCUGCCAGGUUAUUGCCCACCGCCACGAAUCUCCUCUCCCGAUUGUCUAACCCACUAAACGUCUCGCUCUUGUCGUCGCAUCUCCUCUCGACUGGCGUGCUAUACCCGACUCCGACCGACCUUGCCCGAUGCAGACAGAUAUUCAGCGUCUUCUACACCGCAGUCCUCCGAUUAAUCGAAGACAAGAAAGAUCCUUCCCAGGUAUCUCCAUCUCCUCGCAAUCACCUUUCAGUAUUUGAAUGGACAAGAGCGGUGGUACGAGGCGCAGACGAAAGUUCGCCGCGAUGGAGACACACCUUGCUUCUUGGAGGACUCAUCCUCGCGUUCCAGUCAAGAGGUUUCGAGGAGAUACCGUCCGAUCUGCGCAACAAGCUCGAAGCUGCAUUGGUCAUGGCGGUCAAUCUCGCUUUACAACAGAAGGGCUCCGAACCAAAUUGUGAGCUGGCCGUGGUGUUCGUGUUGAAUCAUACCUUCCCGGUGUUAUCGGAUUAUCAUCGGUCGCAGGUGAAUUAUGACAAUCUCCUGCCCGUUCUGGUGGACGCCGCAUUCUUCUCCCGCGAAGGCCUUGAGCAGGGGUACUGGCUGGGAAUCAUUGACUUCGACGUGCGCCAAACAGCUGAACGUAGGUUCAACUGGUCGACGACGUCAGUGUCCUUUCGAAAAGUCACAGAGAUUAAAUCGAAAAGUCUUGUUUCCACACUCGGUCCACUGUCGCGCCUGAUUGCUCAUUCUAUCGACAAUGUACAAGACCGAUUGUUGAUUGUACACAGUACCAAUAAGAUUGCCGGGUUCGCGAGGAAUUUAUCGACAUCAUGGAGACAGAACAAAUUGUCCGAACUGGACCCUCGGGAAGAGUCUCAGUAUCUUGACCAAGAAACCAUCAGCAAAACUCUGCCAGUAUUGCUUCAGCUCCUCAGAGACACCAUGUUUGCCGCCAUCAUUGCACUCCGGUCUGUUCUCGGGCGCCUUCUCUGUGACGGAGUACUUGCUUCCGAUACUAAUGCUCCAGCAUUGGUCAUGCAGAGUUUACACAUCUUGCGAGAUACCUAUUUCAUAUCCCACCGGCUAGGACUCACGUCUUCAUCACAAUACAUCUUCGUCAACUUCACCGCGGUUGAUGUUUUGAGCCGAUACCAGGCACAGUCAGAAAACUUUCUGGAGUCGAUACGACCUGCAAGUCUGGGACGAAUUCCUCCUCAUCCUCUUGAUAGACUGCACGAUCUUUUCUUCCUCAACACCGCGGAACAUUUCACUCUUACAGUAUCGCCACGGCUGAAUCAGGAUCUCCUGUUCAAUGGUGCAGCACCUUACAUUGACCCGCAAGGGGAUCCCAGGUUGGGAGAAAUAUACGAAGCUGCCCAUAGUGUGAUUCUGGCCGUUCUUGCCGCGCCACAAAACGCCGAGGUGGCAACAAGGAAUGUUCCGUUCUACGUGGAAACUCUGCUGCAAAGCUUCCCCAGGCCACUAGCGGCUCGACAGUUCAGACUGGCAGUCAAAUCAGUUGUGCGUAUCGCUGCGCCCCCGUCGCCUAUCGCUGUGUGUAUGCCUCUCAUGCAAGCCAUUAUCCUGGAUUUGCUCAGGGAACGUAUGAGUCAUGCAUCUGAAGAAUUACUCCCUUCUGAUCCAGAUCUUUCAAAGGAGAGCCAGCCUCCUUUGUCCGAGAAGGCAGUCUUUCUUCUCUCUAUCAUCGAUUGUUUGAGCUUUCUGCCGGUAGCACUGCUGGAAGAAUGGCUUCCAUCAACUGCUGAGUUACUGCACAAGAUUGAAAGCCCUGCUCAGAAGCAACAAUGCCUGCAACGAUUCUGGGAUACUCUCAGCAAUGGAGAAAUGGAUGUUGAGCGCGCUGCACUUUGUGUUGCUUGGUGGACCUCCAGAGGUGGACGUGAGCAUGUCCUGUUUGGAGAGCAGCCUGAAGAUGGCGAAUACACUAUGAGCGGUGCCUUGCAGUACGACAGCAAGCUCUGA